AUGGGAGUAGCAGUCAACACCUCUCAACCCAGAAUGAAGCAGUUAUGGCUUGAGAACUACAAGUACCAGGUGCGGCCGUUAAGUGUCCGUUUAGAGUGCACAGUUCGAUUUGUUUUGGUUUUUGCAGACUAUGCUUUGUCACGGGGAUCCAAGGUCCACCGUCGUACUUUGACCUGGCCGAUACACAGCCUUGGUUUGCUGCCAAACCCUGGAACAACCCCUCCUCCGCCCCUCCGUUUUGCCGUCCCCCUUUCAGGGCCGCCGCCAGCUUCGUAGCUCCCGUUAUCGGACCCAGACGCUGGCCUACUAGUUAGCAAACAAGCUAACGAUUGCCAGGUUUCACCCAUGUCCUCUGAAGAAGGGUUGAGCUCAACGAUCACGGAUUGGCUUUUCAUCAAUUCCUGGUGGCUUCUUCUGCCAUUCAUCAUGCUACUUGUAGUUGCUGCGUUCAUUGUUGCCUUUGUGUUGUUGUUAUACAUGAUAUCGCCUCUCAUAAGUCCCAAGCCACUCAAACUCAACGGGGCCCACGUCGUGGUGACAGGAGGCUCAAGUGGGAUUGGUAAAAGCAUUGCAGUUGAGUGUUACAAGCAAGGAGCAUUCAUCACUUUGGUGGCACGGGAUGAGGCUAAAUUGCUUCAAGCAAAGAAAGAAGUGGAGAAAUUUGCCAUCAAUGACAAGCAGGUGGUUCUCUGCAUAUCAGUGGAUGUUUCCAGCGAUUAUAGCCAGGUGGAAAGUGUGAUAAAACAGGCUCAAGAGAAGCUCGGACCUGUUGAUAUGUUGGUGAACUGCGCUGGAACCUCGUUUUCUGGGAAGUUUGAGGAAGUGGAAGUUGAGCGUUUCAAAAAACUGAUGGAAGUGAACUACCUGGGUAGCGUUUACCCAACACGGGCCGUCAUAACCACCAUGAAGGAGCGAAGAAUGGGCCGCAUCAUGUUUGUGUCCUCACAAGCAGGCCAGAUCGGCCUCUUUGGAUACACUGCCUACUCCCCAUCCAAAUUUGCCCUGCGUGGUUUAGCAGAGUCCCUGCAGAUGGAGAUAAAGCCAUACAACAUCUAUGUGACUGUGGCUUACCCCCCUGACACGGACACUCCAGGAUUGGCUGAAGAGAACAAGACAAAGCCUCUAGAGACCAAGUUAAUCUCUGAAACUUCUGGAGUUUGCCAGCCAGACCAAGUGGCCAAAGUCAUUGUCAGGGAUGCAGUGCAGGGUAACUUCAACAGCUCUGUGGGUCCUGAUGGGUACAUGCUGUCAGCCCUCACCUGUGGAAUGUCACCUGUCACCUCCAUCACAGAGGGUCUGCAGCAGAUUGUCACCAUGGGAUUAUUUCGAACCAUCGCCCUCUUCUACCUGGGCAGUUUCGACAGCAUCGUGCGCCGCUGCAUGAUUCAGAGGGAGCAGUCGAAAGCAGCUGACAAGAGGGAGUAACUGCAGCCUUACCUUCCUCACAGCCAAAAGCCCCUCCCCCCAAAACCCCUCCCCACAAUCCUCCUCCCUGUCCUCCUGCUGUAGUGGUGCACAACUGUAGACUGACAACAGGCAAAGCUUUGAGUGCAUGUCUGAUAUCAACCUAACAGGUGGGAUAAAAGAAGGUGGCAGAUGUUUACUCUUCGCGUGUCCAGUGAUGUAAAUUCUUCUUAGACUUUGCAGUUGUUUUGAUUUUUCCCUCUCAGAGCAUUUCAGUGACUUUACAGUUUGAUGUAUCCGCCUGCCUCUUGUUGUGGAAGCAGGCUUACUUUAAGAGAGAGAGGGUAGACUAAACAUCCCAUUGCCUGGUUUUGAAGUAGGAAGGCUUUGUGUGUAGAGGUGUACCUACCUCUAUGCACAGAGUGCUGAGUGUGUGUUUUUCUCUUUACUCACAGAGCAGAGUAGCAGCAGAUAGCCUGUCUGACCGGUUGUGCCAAAUAUGGCCUGAAGUUCCUUCCCACCAGGGGCUGUAGUAAAAACCAGAAUGGUAACUCUCAGCUUUUGUCGUAUUGUUACAUGUAUCUCAAAACUAGGUCCACCUUGAAAGAAUGUCACUAAAUAAGGCCCUUCCUUUCUACCUUUUUCAUACCACAAGUCUUUGCAGGCAAAGCACCUUCCUGUUUGACUGAGUAGCCUCUGUGUUUGCAACAAGUUGUGUUUUAUUGAAAAUGUGAGUUAUUUUGUGUUGUGUGUGUGUGUGUGUGAACUAAGAUGUGACACACUACUCUUCAGAGAUAACAAAGCAACAGACAGGGCAUGUGUGAUGUUUGUAUUUGUGAAGUUUUGCUGGUGCGAAAAUACCAUUUCAAGGAAAAUAACAAUAUUCCAAAAUCUUAGACGCAGUGUUGUGGCAAAGACGUUUGGGUGCCCUAUGUGCAAUGAAUGUGCGCGUGUCUGUGUUUGUGGUGACUGAGCCAAUCCCAGGAGAGAAAAGAAGCCAUUCGAUUUUAUUGUCUCUGGAAUGAAAACACCAAAUUAUUUUCUCAUGAUUCCAUUUUAUUCCAAUGAGAAACGAAUGCAGGUACUGUGGGUUGAAGCCAUGGAGUACAAACAUGGUUGGGGGGGAAAAAAAGAAGCACAGGUAGCUCCGCUUACAACCUGUGAAUUUGACUAAGUUUGAAUACUUGAAAGGAUGCAUAUUGCUUAUACAUGCAGUUUUAAGUGUCUGUGCACAUAUUAAACCACCCCAGUCAUGAUCCAAGUGGGAUCCAUAAUGUGUCAGGGGUAGUGUAAGUCAGGGCAGGGCAGGGCUCGCUGGUUCGAGUCAUAUCCCUGUAGGCCUAGUGGGGGCGCUAGAGAUUUGUAAUACUGAAAGGCCAAAAUAACAGAGGGACUGAUGUGCUUGUGACCUGCACAGUCAGGAAUUUGUAGCUUAAUGACAAUAUCAAUUCCCUCCUGAUGUCUGCCAGGCCUUGAAAAGUUAUGGAUGUGUCUUUUUUUUUUCCAUAAAGAGGGAGAAUAAAUAUAGUGUCGACUUUUGCAAGUCUUCCUUUGGUCCAUCACACAUGGGGAGAAUGUACUUUAAUACAAAGAAUACAAAUCAGAACAUAGGAAUAUUAUUUUUAAACAGCCAAUAUUUGAAUGCCAAAAUGUGUUAAGACAAUUUCCAUAGAUGCAAUGCAUUUCUUUGAGAUUUAUUUCAGUGUUGCUGCUCCGUUGAUUUCAUACUUAUUUGUCAAAGCUGUGAAGCAGUGUGGGGACCCAUUCUAAGCCUUAAGACGAGACUACUGAUGAAGCUAAUGCUACAAGAAUGGACCACAGAAAAAAGAAUAAACGUGGCUUAACCCACCUAUUGUUUACCAGUUAAUUUAAUACUUUGUCUUUUAAACUUUUCAGUGUGAAAUGCCAGCUGUUCUUGUGUUCUUGUGUCAUUUUCCAGUCGUAUGACAAAAGAAGCCUUACUGAAUCCCAAGGCAUGACAGUGAGAAUGGAUGACUCGUUUGAUGAUGUUCUCAUUUGAUAUUGGUUAAAGGCAUACUCUCCUGCACUAAAGAGCUUUUCUUUAUGUUCAUUUGAUUGCUAUCAAAAGUUUGCUUUUAUCUUGCGGUAGCAACACAUAGUUGAUAGAAUAUGUAGCCCAUAUAAAAGGAGUUCUGUUUGAUCAUUUUGUUGUAAUCUUUGAGCUAUGCAAAUGAAGCCUAUGCUUACAGUACAUUUGACACACAACUUUCAAGAUAUAAGUUCCGUAACAGUCACACGAUUUCCCCCUUUUUAAUGGUGUCUAUUCGAUACCUACUUGAGGUCUUAAGUAUUAAACAUGAAAGUCAUAGUUCACUCAUUUACUUCAUUCUUUCUUUUCUUUAAAUUUUUUGUUUCUGCCAAAAAUCUUAACACCUUCACCUUGUGUGCCAUUGAGAGAAAAUGUGAGAAGUGGAACGUUUCUUUGUCUUAUUUUCUUACAUGAUAUACUAAAUAAAUACCUGUGGAGAAAAUCAAA